CGGCGGCCCGCAGCCCGCAAGGAUGUGAGGCGGGCGAGUAGCCCAGCCGCCGCCGUCGCCGUGGCAUGCCCCCCCGCGCCCGGAGCCGUCGUCGCGGCGCCUAGCCGCGGCUCCGCGGGGCGAUGCUGCCCUGGAAGCGGAGCAAGGUGGAGCUGGUGGCGGGCGAGGCGCGGCGGCAGAGCAAGCCCAAGGGGUACGCGGUGAGCGUGCACUACUCGGCGCUCACCUCGCUGGCCCGCGCCUGCCCCGAGAGCGCUCUGCACCGUGUGGGCAGCAUGUUCCGCUCCAAGCGGCGGAAAUUCCGCGUGACCAGCGAGGAUCCCACGUACACUGUGCUCUACCUGGGCAACGCCACCACCAUCCAGUCCAAGGGUGAGGGCUGCACCGACCUGGCCGUCUGCAAAAUCUGGAGCAAGAGCGAAGCGGGCCGGCAGGGCACCAAGAUGAAGCUGACCAUCAGCGCGCAGGGCAUCCGCAUGGCCCACGCCGAGGACAAGGGGCUGCGCCGGCCAGGCCACCUCUACCUGCUGCACCGGGUCACCUAUUGCGUGGCCGACCCGCGCCUGCCGCGCGUCUUCGCCUGGAUCUACCGCCACGAGCUGAAGCACAAGGCGGUGAUGCUACGGUGCCACGCCGUGCUGGUCUCUAAGCCCGAGAAGGCGAAGGCCAUGGCCCUGCUGCUCUACCAGACCUCGGCCACAGCGCUGGCCGAGUUUCGCCGGUUGAAGAAGCGGGACGACGCGCGGCACCAGCAGCAGCAGCUGGUGGGCGAGCAGAGCAUCCCGCUGGUGCCGCUGCGCAAGCUGCUCAACGGGCAGUGCUGCUACAAGCCGCCGGUGGAGCGGAGCCGCAGCGCGCCCAAGCUGGGCUCCAUCACGGAGGACCUGCUGGGCGAGGAGCAGGAGGAGCGGGCCAUGCACUGCGACUGCGAGGACAUCCUGGAGGCGCUGGGCGAGCCCGAGGGCGAGCUGCUGCGCGCCGGUGCCGGCCGCGGAGAGGGCCAGGAGCUGGGCCAGCUCCUCCGCGACCUGGGCGAGCUCAGCCUGGGGAACGACCUGCGCUCGCUGCGCGCCGACCUCCGCGUCCGCCGGCUGCUCUCUGGCGAAAGCACGGGCAGCGAGUCCUCCCUGGAGAGCAACGGCCCGGACGGCGCCGCCCCACCCUGCAACGGCGCCGAGCAGCCGCCCCCCGGCGACCCCGAGACCGGAUGAGCGCACGGCCGCGCCGGGGGUCCGCGGGCCAUUCCGGGAGUGCGCGGCGCCGCCGGGGCGCAUCGGGUUCCCUCCGGUCCUUCCGGGAGUGCACGGCCCCGCCGGGAAGCACUGGGCCCCCUCCGGCAGUGCACGGCCCCGACUGGCGCGCUGGGUCCCCUCCGGGCCCCGCCGAGAUAGCCUGGCACCGCCUCGGGCGCUGACGGUCCCUCCGGGCUCCCUGCGGCGCCCCCGCGUCCCGCCGCAUCCCGGACAGCGACACCGGAGCCGGGCCCCAGCCCGCCGUGGCCCGAGGAGGGGAGGCUGCCGCGGGCUGUUUACCUCCGGCUCAGCCCUUGAAGAUCUGCCAAAUUCCUGGAAUAGCUUUCCCGGGGGAGGGCGGCGGGAGGGAGGUGUUGCACCUUGUUUACAGUCAGAAAUCUCACAUCCGAGAGGGCCCCCCGCCGUUUUCUCCAUUAAAGUCACUCCAUUGUGCUGUUGUGUCCGAGAGGUUUGCACUGUUGUGAAGGUUUUGUUUUUUUAAUUAUUGUUGUUUCUAAGUUAGACCUUUUUUGGGGCCCCAGUCCUGUCCCCGGUCUCAGUGCUCUAGAUCUUUUGCUGUGCAAAAGAAGACUCUACUUGUGGCUGUUCACCUGUACAUAGGGAAAUGUAUGCAAAUACAUUUUGUUAUUUUUAAGAACACCACCAUUGCGAUCUCCUCUGUUUGCACAUACAUGAAGAAAAUAAAGAUGACAGUAAUUUAAAAGAAA